AUGCCUCAAUUGACAGGCUUCUCAGACAAUGCUUUUCGCACCAGGGAGGAUGUGGUCACAGCAGCCCUCGCCUUGUUGCGUCCGCUCACGCCUUACUUUUCGACGAACAAGGGCCGCAUCCGCCUUCCAAUCUCAACGGGCGUUCAUUUUGAUGAAACUGCCGCCCAGGUCGAAGGAUUUGUCCGGCCACUGUGGGCUGUUGCAACAUUGCUGCAAUUUGCGUCCUCUAUAGCCAGCGAUGAUUCGGUCGGUGCUGCCCUGGCAGAUCAAAUCCAUGAAGUGACCAAUCCAUGGAUUUCGGGUCUUUCAGCGGCCACUGAUCCUGAAAGUCCAGAAUAUUGGGGAGCAAUCGACGAUAUGGACCAGCGGAUGGUUGAAGCCGAAGUCGUCAGCUUUGCGUUGUUAGCUGAACCGGAGAAGCUAUUUAACGACCGCGACCAGGAGACACAACAAAACAUCACGGCAUGGCUUCGUGGAAUGAACGGAAAGCAAAUGCCACCAAACAACUGGCGAUGGUUUCGCGUAUUCUCUAAUCUUGCACUGAUAAAGGUGUGUGGAGUUCCAGCCAACCAAGUGAUGGAAGAGCUCAAGGCGGAUCUCGCCGUGCUCGAUUCCUUCUAUCUUGAGGAUGGAUGGUCAGGCGAUGGUCCCUGGCUGUCCACGAACGAAGAAAACGAACAAGAAAUGGAAUUUCAAAGAUCGGGACGUCGCGAUGGAAUCGGCAAAGGUCGGCAGGUUGACUACUAUUCCGGCAGCUUCGCGAUUCAAUUCAGCCAGCUGCUUUUCGCCAAAUAUGCGGAAGAUAUCGAUCCCGAUCGGGUUUCUCGGUAUAGACAACAAGCACGCGACUUUGGCGCGUCCUUCUGGCGGUAUUUUGAUGCAGGCGGAUCGGCUAUCCCAUUUGGUCGAUCCCUAACAUAUCGCUUCUCAUGCGGCGCAUUUUUUGCUGCAUUGGCAGUUAGCCCCGUGCCUGACAUGCCAUGGCCAUUAUCAACGCCGGGUCAAGUUAAAGGAUUUCUUUUGCGUCACCUGCGAUGGUGGGCCGAGCAUUCAACCGAUAUUUUCUACCCCGAUGGAACAUUAAGUAUCGGGUGGCUAUAUCCGAACAUGUACAUGAGCGAAGACUACAAUUCCCCCCAGUCUCCCUACUGGUGCCUGAAGACCCUGAUCGCAGUAUCUCUCGCAAAGGACAGCGAGUUUUGGGCCGCAGAGGAAGAGCCUUAUCCAUCUUUUUUUCAGCCCCAACUCUCACCUGCUCCUAGACAAAUUCUCAGUAAUCACCCGGCCGGGAAUCAUCAUUUCUGCCUGUCUCCUGCACAAUUCGUCGCAUGGCCAAUGAAGGCAACACAGGCGAAGUAUUCCAAAUUCGAAUACUCUUCGACCUUUGCUUUCUCGGUUCCGACGGGUCCUCUGAUUCAGCAAAUCGCGCCAGAUUGUACAUUGGCUCUAAGUAGAGAUGGAGCUGAGACAUGGGCUGUGAAGUGGAAAUGUUCCGAGCCAGAAUUUCCAACUGUUCAGUUUCGAACAUCCACCGGACUGCAUUCCAUCUCUGCCGCGUCGGUCAGGUGGUACCCUUGGGGAGACAAACAAGUCGAGGUCAAAACGACACUUAUUCCACCCACCGAUAGAUGGCCUGACUGGCAUGUUCGAAUCCACCAUGUUCGUGUCAACUUUUUCCUGCGCACAUUGCACACGGUUGAAGGUGGAUUUGCCUCUCCAAGUCGACGACUGAAAAAUGGCUUAAAACUGCCCAUUAUCAAGUCUGUGAACGAAGAUAUGACUAUUGGGACAGAGGGUUUACUUGAAGACGCAGAAUCUGUGCUGAUUCUUUCAUCAGCUGGUGCUAGCGGUCUUUCGAGUCAGGUGGCCAUCUCUUGGCCGUCAAAAAGUUCUUCUAUCAAGGCGCAGGCUCUGAAGCCGGACGGCAACACUAAUAUCGCCUGUCAAAGGACCUUAAUUCCUGUCAUCGAGCGCGAUUCGAUACAUGGUCUAGAAACAGGUGAUGAAUUAGUUUUCAUCACGCGCGUGUUUGCGAUAUCUGCGUCUGCAAAUUGCAAUCGCAAGAUCGACCGUCUUGCAGAUCGAUGGAGGGACCAACCGAGGGUUUCUAUAGGGGAAGAAAGCCAUGAGGGUGACUGCAUCUUUUGGACACCUGAGCUUGGCCUAGAAUAA